CCCGCCCCCCUUUGCAGUGCUAUGUUGUAAAACAAGCGCUCCCAUGAGGCGGUGCUAUGACAACAUAAAGUGUAUAACUGUGAGAAGCAGAAGGAGACAGAAGGAAACUUUCACUAGAAGAACUGAGUGGAUCCCACCUUUGAUCACAGCUCAACCCAAGAAGGAUGUUUGGUUUGCUGACUUUUGAAAAAGAUUCAGUUCCUCUGAAGAGCAUUGAAGUGCAGCUGGAGGUGAAGGACCAUGUCGCUACAGUGGCCUCCACUCUGAACUAUGAGAACAAGGAGGAUAAAUCAGUGGAGGCUGUGUUUGUCUUCCCUAUGCCUGGAGACGCUGCUGUGUGUCAUUUCAGUGCUCAGGUUGGACAGACAAACGUUGUAGCUGAAGUGAAGGACAAACAGCAGGCUCGGGAGGAGUACGAUAAUGGUCUGAGCUCCGGUCAGCAGGUAUUCAUAUUGGAGGAGAGUGACGAGAGCCCAGAUAUCUUCGCUCUGAGUGUCGGCAAUCUGCAUCCAGGAGAGAGCGCCUCCAUCAGGCUGGAGUAUGUCACUGAGUUGGCUGUUCAGGCCGAUGACGGACUGAGGUUCUGUCUGCCUGUUGUGCUCAACCCUCGAUACCAACCUCAGGGUAGUGAAGGUCCAAGCGUCCAGGUAACUUCAGUUCCAGCCUUUAUGGUUCCCUACAGUCUGUCCUUCUCUGCCCGAGUCUCCUCUCCUCGCCCAGUCUCUAAAGUAGAGUCCAACUCUCCUCUGGAGCCACUUCAGUAUCUCAGCGCUGAUCAAACUCAGGCCACGUUUAAGUUGGCCGAAGAAUACAAGUUUGACAGAGAUGUUGAACUGCUGAUUUAUUACAAAGACGCCCAGCAGCCCACUGCUGUGGUGGAGGCAGGAGAGGCCUCUGCCGAACCUGGCUCUGUGAUGGGUGAUCCGGUGGUAAUGGUGAGCUUGUAUCCUGAAUAUUCAGAAUCUGUGAUGUCCAAAUGUAACUCCAGUGGAGAGUUUGUGUUCUUGUUGGAUCGAUCGGCCAGCAUGGACUUCCCCUUAUACUGUGGAAGUCAUGAGAGUCGUAUUGCAAGUGCCAAGGAUACUCUGUUGCUCCUGUUGAAGAGUUUACCAAACGGCUGCUAUUUCAACAUUUACAGCUUUGGAGACAGUUAUGAACACGUCUUCCCUCUGGAGAGCAGAGAUCCGCUUUGUUCAGCGUCCAUAACACUGUUCAUCUUCACGGAUGGUGAGGUGUGUUGCACAAAAUCUGUUGUGGAUGAGGUGAAGAAAAACUCUGAAUUUCACAGGUGUUUCUCUUUUGGGAUUGGAGAAGGUGCCAGCUCUGAGCUUAUCUAUGGGAUGGCCAGAGAGGGAGGAGGUCAUGCUCAGUUCAUCAUAGGCAAGGAGAGGAUGCAACCAAAAGCGAUGCAGUCUCUUAGGUUCGCACUGCAGCCGCGGGUUGCUGACGUCUCUUUGUCGUGGGAUUUACCAGAGGGAGUGUCCGCCACUCUUCUUUCUCCACCUAUCAGAACCCUUCUACAGGGUCAGAGGUCACUGAUUUAUGCUCAGCUCACUGGAGAGUGUUCUGAAGCUACAGAUGGAUGUCUGACCGUGAACUUUACUGCAGCUGGUCAUCAAUGCCAGAACCAGCUGCACUUCUCUCUCCGACCUGCAGAGGGCAUUGCGCACGAAGCAGGUUUUGAUCAGAAAGGAGAUGGACCACUGACUUGCUUACCAAUCCACAGGUUGGCUGCACGUACUCUAAUCCGCUCCCUGGAGUGGGAGCACAGGCAGAAUGGACAGGAAGGUGAAGUAAAGAAGAUUUUGGAGCUUAGCAUCCAGUCUGGCAUCAGCAGUGUCUUUACUGCCUUCCUCGCUGUCAACAAAUGCAAUGGCAAAGCUGUUGAAGGUCCCCUGAUCUACAGGGAGAAUCCAACCUACAUGCCGUUACUUCGCGGAGGUUUGGAGUUUCUGAUGUUUGAUUAUUUGUGCAGAGAGAGAAACGUUUUUAGACGAAUUUAUUCGUCUUUGAGGAAAAGAGCAUCUGCCAGUAAACUUGGAAAAUCUUUCAAAAAGAAACUAGUUUCAGGAGAUUCUGAGACCAGAAAGCCAGCCAGAGAUCCACUGCUGGAGCUCGUCUCACUGCAGAAUGCUUCUGGCUGCUGGCUGCUUGAUCCAUGUUUGGCUGCGGCUCUGCAAAAAAACAUGCAGGAGCUGGAAGAAACAAAGCCCAAAUCGGUGAAAAAGGAAGUGUGGGCCACCAUUUUGGCUUUAAUCUGGCUUCACGGCUUCAAAGUGGAGGAAAAAGAUGAAUGGGAGCUUCUUGCAGCAAAGGCUGCAUCGUGGCUCAGAGCUAAGAAAGUUGUUUGCCUGAGAGCCUGUGUUGAAGCUGGGAAUGUCCUGUUAGGCUGUAAUGUGCAGACUGAUGCUCUGGGACUCUGACAUCUCUUCUUCUGCAACCUUUCUGAAGCAUUAUAUAUUUUUUCAAACUGCACUUUUUUUUAUUAGAAUGUAAUCAGAAAUGUUUGUUUUUUUAUUUUUAUAUAGUGACAGAAAUGCUGUGUUUGUGUUUCAUGUCAAUAUUGACUGAGCUGGGUUUAAAUUUUUUAACCAAAUACUGACCUAUGGUGAUUUGUUCCUGCCUUAUUUGCUUACUUUGUCGGCUUCUGUGUAUCCAUCUGCUUUUUAAGAAUCUACCAUAAGUUUCCUUAAUGUGCAUCAGAACAGUAGCAUUGUUGAUGUUCUGCAGUGGUUCCCUUGCAGGUAACAUUUUAAGAGGAGGGCCCUUUUUUAAAGCUGUUUUUUGUUGAAGUCGUUUAAGGCGGACUUAUGAUCUUGGCUACAUGAAAUGAAGAAGGUUUAUUAUCAUUACACUGAUGACAAAAUUAGCAUUGGUUUUAGUAGCAGCAAAAUAUUCUAUUUGAUAUUUAAACCGUAUUUUUCACGGUCUUGGUUCUGUUAAGUUUUCAGUUUCACAUUGAUCCAUGUUUUUCUUUGUUUUCUAGUUUUAUUGAUUUAAUUCCUAUUUUGUUGUGUUUUCUGGCUAUAUUUGAGUUCUUAAGUUUUUCUUGGUUGCCCUUCUUCUUCUUCUUCUUCUAUUUUUUUAAUGGCGGUUAGCAAACAACUUAUAGUUGCAUUACCGCCACCUUCCAGAAUGGAGUAUGAAUCAGACAAACUAUUAUAUUCUCCCUAAAAUACCCGUUCUCCUUAGAAAAUUUAAAAUACUCCCAAAAACUACAUCCCCAGAUGACCUUUGAAACAGUUCCCUUAUAUCUAGUUUAUUUUUAUUCCUGCCUAACUCUCUACGCAACAUUUCUCUUUCCGGAGUAUAUUUAUUGCAUUCUAAAAAAAUAUGUUGGACAGUUUCUAAUUUCCCACAAAUACAACACCCUGUAUUAUGCUUAUUCAUUAUUUUAAGAGUACUAUUUAAUCCUGUAUGUCCGAACCUUAUCCUAGAUAUAAUAUCUUCUUCUUUUUAAAUUCUAUUACAUUUUCUUAAUUCUCCAACCUUUUUUUUGAAUACUAUAAUAAAAUCUAGCAUUCACUCCUUUAUCCCACUGUUCUUGCCAUUUCUUCUUGAAAUACAUUUUUAUAAUAUUCUUUAACUCAUUUUUACUAAUGUUAAUGUUUAAAUCAACAUCUUUUUUUACAGCACUCAAAACUGUCAGCUAACUCAUUACCUAUAACACCAAUGUGAGCAGCUAUUCAGACUAAUUUAACAACAGAACCACCAUUUCUAAUCCUAAAAAUUGAGUGAAAAAUAUCCAAUAUAAUAUCUUGCCUUGAUUCUGAAUUAAAUUCUAGAAUACGUAUUAAUGCACUACUUGAAUCUGAACAAAUUUCUUGGUUGCCCUCUUGUGUUGGUCUCCUUUUACACAGCUCCUUUCUAGAAGUCUCUGUUCACACCUGCUCCCAAUCAGCUCGUUAGUCCUGUCUCUGUUCAGUCUCCCAUAUAAACUCUUCCUGUUCAGCUCCUCAGUGCUGGUUCCUCGUCUUUUCCUGGCUCCUCAUGUAUGUUUCCCCUGAUGUCUCCAAGGUUCUGUUUUUUUAAUGUACUGUUGGAUUUUUGGAUUCCUACCUCAGUUGCAUGUGAGUACUAAAUUAAAAACUACAAAACACACCUGUGCCUCCUCACCUCUGCAUUUGGGUCCUCAAAACCUCAACUAAACCCCAACAGUAUUAAACCCAGACAGUAUUGUU